GUCUGUCUGCGCUCUGGCUUCACACCGCUCAUUCCUUGCAUAUGGCCAAAUGGUACCAAAUCUGCAGUAAAUAAAUUACACUUAUAUCUUUUAGCGAUUCCGGACGUCGCUUUUGGGGCGGCAUAAAACGAUGAGAUGAAGAAGACGUGAUCGCAGGUGCUGUUGGAUACAGGCAGGUGUUAAUAGUGUACUGCAGGUAUGGACACCUGGACACCCAACCCAAAAGCCAAACCGUUCAUCCCUCGCCAGCAGCGCAGCCUCUACCUCACCUGGAAAUACAGACUCACCAACAAAAGAUCAUUACGACGAAUCUGCCAGGCCAGUGCUGUCCUCUUUCUACUGAUCACAGUGUUUUUGAAUAUCAAACUCAUUCUUGAUACAAGGAGAGUUGCAAAUGAGGAUGAUGUGGCCCAAGAUUAUGAUGAUGCGCUGCCUAACAUGGAAACUCCACGCAGACCAGCCAGCGGGAGGAAGGUUUUGGAUAUUGAGGUGUACUCUAGUCGAUCUAAGGUCUAUGUGGCAGUGGACGGCACCACAGUGCUGGAAGAUGAGAUAAGGGAGCAGGGCAGAGGCAUACAUGUCAUAGUUUUGAAUCAGGCCACUGGUCAUGUGAUGGCCAAAAGAGUGUUUGACACAUAUUCUCCACAUGAGGAUGAUGCCAUGAUCCUCUUCCUCAACAUGGUCACACGUGGCAGAAUCCUUAUUUUCACUAUUAAGGAUGAGGGUACUUUUCAUCUGAAAGAUGCUGCAAAGAAUCUUUUGAAAAGUUUUGGGAGUCAGGUGGCUGUCACCUUGAGUUGGAGAGAUAUGUGGACGCUGGUUGUGAAGAAGGGAGGUCAAGUGUAUGGGGAGAAGCACUCAAAGUCUCCAGCUCUCUCUACGUGGGGAGAUCCUGUGCUGUUGAAAACCGAGGUUCAACUUACUGCUUCUGAAGAGGCGGAGUGUCACUGGCCGGAUACAGAGCUGAACCGUAGGAGAAAACUUUUUUGCAGUAAAGUGGAGGGUUAUGGUAGUAUUUGUAGCUGCAAGGAUCCAGCACCUAUAGAGUUCAAUCCAGAUUCACUGCCUAAAAACAAUGUCAACAACAUCCCAGUUGCAGUUAUAGCUGGAAAUAGACCAAACUAUCUGUAUAGAAUGUUGCGCUCUCUGCUUUCUUCCCAUGGCGUUAAUCCACAUAUGAUCACUGUCUUUAUUGAUGGGUAUUAUGAGGAACCCAUGGAUGUGGUGGAGCUUUUUGGUCUCAAAGGAGUUCAGCAUACACCUAUCAGUAUUAAGAAUGCUAGAGUAUCACAGCACUACAAAGCCAGCUUGACUGCAACCUUUAAUCUGCAUCCAGAUGCAGAUUUUGCCAUUGUUCUCGAGGAGGACCUGGAUAUUUCCAUAGAUUUUUUCAGCUUUCUCAGUCAGACCAUUCACUUAUUGCGUGAGGAUGACAGUCUGUAUUGUAUCUCAGCCUGGAAUGACCAAGGCUACGAGCACACAGCAGAGGACCCAUCUCUGCUCUACAGAGUAGAAAGUAUGCCUGGCCUCGGCUGGGUGCUUAAAAAAAGCCUUUAUAAGGAUGAACUGGAACCCAAAUGGCCAACUCCUGAGAAGCUUUGGGAUUGGGACAUGUGGAUGCGGAUGCCAGAACAGAGGAAAGGGAGAGAGUGUAUUAUCCCUGAUGUCUCUCGCUCGUAUCACUUUGGCAUCAUUGGCCUUAACAUGAAUGGUUACUUCCAUGAAGUUUACUUUAAAAAGCACAAAUUCAACACAAUUCCAAAUGUUCAGAUGAAAAAUGUAGAUGGUUUGAAGACUGAUGCUUAUGAGAUUGAAAUCCAAAACUUACUACGUGAUGCUGAGGUCCUAGACCACAGUAAAAACCCAUGUGAAGAUUCGUUCAUCCCAGACACUGAAGGAAAGACCUUUGUAAUGUUCAUCAAAAUGGAGCAGGAGACGGACACAAACACUUGGACUGAAUUGGCAAAGUGCCUGCAUGUGUGGGACCUGGAUGUACGAGGUUAUCACAAAGGACUGUGGAGGCUCUUCAGGAAAAAGAACCAUGUCUUAGUAGUGGCUGUUCCAAUCUCUCCCUACUCUGUAAAGAAGCCCAGUAAUAUCACUCCAAUUGUCCUGGAACCGGCACCUAAAGAGGAAGGACCUCCUGUAGAACAGAUUUAAAGCAGUAACAAUCCUAAUUCCACCCAGGGGCCUUUUCAAACCACUGACACGCAAGGCCUACGUCAGGCCGACACUGGGCCUUAUGUUACUAUUCAGGCAAUCACAAGUUUGAAGAGUGUGAAGUGUGGAAUGAACCUCUGUGAACUGUCCUGCUCGGGUGACCUUCAGGCACGAUCUUUUAAACUGGAAUGAUGCGAGAUCUUCUGAAAUGGUGUGUAACUGAAUCUCCUCGUGUUGUUGGUUUGUGGUUUGCUGAUCGGGACCUAAUUGUGAGGUCAUGACAUUUCAUAUGUUUAUGCUGGGAGGUUUAUCACUAGAAGUUUUUUACCUACUGGUUUAUAACAAAGGCCAGUGCCGGUUUUAGUUACUGAAUGUGAUGGUGGAAAUCAGAAUGCUGUGAAGACAAAAGGGAUAGGGGGAUAUGGCAGGUACAUGUUUUAUUUUUUUUAUAACACUACUGAUGUCCUGCACAUAUGUUUUAACUUAUGUCUAUUUAUUUUGUCAGUAUCAGGGUUUAUUUGACUUAGUGAGCUUUUACUCAAGAACGAUACUUUAAGCAACAAAGGCCUGGAUUUGUUUACAGUUAACUAAAUUUAUCCACAGACAUUUAGUUUUACAGCAAACGAUUGUCAUUGUGUUUUUAAAUAUUACAUUUUGAAUGCCGUGGUUUUAAUUGGUUUAAAAGGUCAUUGGUGACUGAAAAAUAAGGUACUAAAGGUGUUACUGGGGUGGUACCAUCCCAGGGACAGGUUUGUGUCCUCAUAGUGUACGUUUUUCAUAAACCCGUAUCUAUUCAAGAAAUUUUCAGAGUUUUUUAAUGUGGUACACUGAUGAGCUGAGAUUGUCCUCCAGCAACAGCUUUACGAAUCCUUGUUGCCCCAGAGAACUCAAGGUGAUGGAUUUUAUUUGAAUGACAAGAUCUAUGUUUCCACACAACCACUAAAUAGCCGUAAGAAGAGGGGGAAGAUCAACACUUAAAAAAAUCAAAGCUUCAUAAUCCGUUGCUUCAUUAACCUUUCCUGUGUUAACACAAGAUACUGUAUUUGAGGAUAACUGGGAAAUGUGGAUGUAUUAUGCAAUAAUGGUGGUCAAAUCAUUUUAUGGGUGAGAUUUCAGAUUCAAGCGUUCUGAAGGCUUUGGUUAGUCUGAAGCUUCAGUGGUCCAGUUUUACACUAUUGCAAUGCUAUCUCAUGGCAAUUCGUACGUAUUUUAUACAAGGUGGCUAAUUCGUAACCAUUCGUACGACCAGAUUCGUACGGUUUGAUUUUGCCCAUGACGUUGGGGUUAGGGGUGGGGUUUCAUUUUUUAUGAUGAUUUUAAGUUUUUUUGUACGAUUCACUUCACAUGAAUUAGCCAACUUGUAAAAUAUGUAGUUGCGUUCGAAUUCUCAUGAGAUCAUACUGGAUAUUUCUACAACAAACAUUGUCUUUGCCAUAAAACAUAUUCGAAAUAUCUGGAAAUACCGAUACAAUACAUGUGCAAUACCAGAACAAAAAUAUUUUGAUUUCAAGAUGAUGUUCUGUUUAUCCAUUUUUUUCAAGUUUAUCAAGUUCAGUUUAUCAAAGGCUUAUUGCAUUAGUUUUGUACUGUAUAUCUAAGUAGUUGA